AUGCUAACACAUAAAAUGUGGUUUCGUGUUGUUUGCCCAAUUAUCAUGUUCUAUGUGUGGGUGUCCUCUGCAGAGGAAAACUCAUCCAGCCUUAACGAUACAAAUCUACGGAAAUAUCUACCAAGCACCAUCGAUCUCCAAUUCAGUUUACCAACGACAAUAAUUUUCGCCACAGCCAUAUUAUUUAGCUUCGUGAUGUCUGUGAUAGGCAACUCUCUUGUGAUUUGCAUCAUAGUCAAACAACAAUCCAUAAAAACAUCAACCAAUUGUCUUAUACUGAACUUGGCUGUUUGUGAUAUCUUGACCACUGUUCUCCUGACACCAAUUUUCAUCCAAAUAUUUUUUCUUAGAGGCAAAUGGUUUGGUGGUGUUAUGGGAAGCUUCACUUGUAAAUUUGUGGAAUACGGAAACUCUGUUACACUUUACUGCUCUCUUUUAAACCUUGUUGCCAUCGCCAUUGAUCGAUGUCUUGCCGUAACUCGACCACUAUCUUACAAACUUUCAUCAAAAUGGAUGGUAAAGAUUUCAACUCCAGUCAUGUGGUUGAUUUCAUUUUCAUUACCAAUAAGAAGUCUGUCGAACACACAAUUAAUAUACUUUGACGGUGAUGUGUGGCCGAGAUGUGAAGAAAUAGGGGAGCGACUUGACUUCUACAUUAUGGUGGCUACUUUAACGAGCUCAUUUAUCGCAAUUAUUACGCUUUAUUCAGUGAUUUCUUAUCGUCUUUGGAGAAGAGACAUUCCUGGUGAGAUGCCCAGCAAUCGAAAGGAUCUUGUUAUUCGUACGGCACGAAAGGUCACUAUUUUAAUGAUUUCAAUUGUAGUUGUUUUUUUUGUUUCAUGGGCACCAGCCUUUGCUUUUCUCUUAAUCCUCGAAUUUGGAAAUGCUGGUCCAACCUUUGGAGAAGUUUUAAUGCAAUACCCAUUUUUAUUUGCUACAAGUUUCUGGCUCAUUUGUAACAACAGCGCCUUUAACCCUUUGCUGUAUUUCAUAUUUAUUGAAAGUUUCCGUCAAGGCUUGAGAUCGGCCUGUUCAAGAUGUCGUGUUCCUCGAUUCUCACUGCAGGAAAGGAGGGUCAAACCUGGACAAGAAUUAACGAGGAUUAGGCCAACUCUGGAUAUCAUCAAUAAGGAAGAAGGAAACAUUGAAUUGACAGCAUACUCUGGACACAACUUAUGA